AUGCUCCGUUCCACGCUUCGUCGCUUUAUUCCAGCUGUGAACUGCACCAUGCAGGAUCCACUCUGUGCUGCGGCGCUUGCACACUGCACGCCUAUUGUGUACUCCGCACUGCCGAAUGGCUGCCGAGUGGCGACGGAGUACUUCCCACACUGUCAGUUCGCCACUGUGGGUGUGUGGAUUGAUGCGGGAAGCCGCUUUGAGGAUGUGCACAACAACGGCGUUGCCCACUUUCUUGAACAUAUGAACUUCAAAGGCACCGCACGUUACUCCAAGCGGGCGGUGGAGGAUCUCUUUGAGCAUAGCGGUGCCCACUUCAACGCAUACACUUCCCGCGACCGCACGGCGUAUUACGUGAAGGCUUUUACGAAUGAUGUGCCGCAGAUGAUGGAUGUUGUUGCGGAUCUUCUCAAGAAUGGCCGCUACGACCCCCGCGAUGUGGAACUUGAGCGGCCAACAAUUCUGGCGGAGAUGCGGGAGGUGGAGGAACUUGUGGAUGAGGUGUUGAUGGACAACCUCCACCAGGCCGCCUACGACCCAGCGAGCAGCGGGCUUCCACUCACUAUACUUGGCCCUGUAGACAAUAUUGCAAAACACAUUAAUCGAGAUAUGAUUCGGGAGUUUGUGCGGGUACAUUAUACCGGUCCACGCAUGUGCUUUGUGUGUUCUGGUGGCAUUCACCCAAAUGAGGCCCAUAAACUCGCGGAGAGAUUCUUUGGUGAUCUCCCGGCGACGAAUAACCGACCACCCCUUCAGGCUCUCUACCGCGGUGGACACACAGUGAUGUGGAAUGAGCAGAUGGCAACUGCCAACACCGCCGUAGCAUACCCUAUAUGUGGGGCUUCCCAUCCUGACAGCUACGCAUUACAAUUAGUGCAUAAUGUUAUUGGACAAUUUCGAGAGGGACAAUACGAUCAAUUCGCAUAUCAACGUCGUAAUAUAAAGCUUCCUUGGGAAAAAUUACCAAAUAUUGUGCAAAUGCGACCAUUUUACACACCGUAUGAAGAAACUAGUCUGCUUGGUUAUCAACUCAUUACGGCACGUAUUCCACCUACUGAAGCAAACGUUUCUCAAUGGGAUGAAAGUCAAAAUGUGUUACUGGAUUAUCUGUUGUGUACAUUCAACGAGUUGGCAACUAGUCCUGUGGAUAAGAAAUUGCUUGAGGAGGCCAAGAGUGAGUUUAAAGCCUCUAUUAUGAUGAUACGAGAUAGCACAACUAACAGUGCCGAAGACUUGGGUCGACAGAUGAUUCAUUUUGGUAGACGUGUACCUAUUCAAGAGGUUUUUGAGCGUGUUGAUGCAGUGACUCCUACUUUGUUUCGCGAUACACUAGCAAAGUAUAUUAACUCUACGGUGCCGACAGUGUCCUACAUAGGCUCGGCAAGUGCAGUUCCUAGGUUUGACGCAGUUACACAAAUGUCCCGGCGAGUUGGUGGAGAAGGAUUAGGGGCGGAUGAGGUUAAAAUUCACAACAACAACAACAAAAACAUGGAUGAUAAUUGCAAUAGUAAUAUAGGGAUUGGAAAGAAGCGAGAAAGAGAGUAA